GCUUAUUAAUAUCGCAACGAUGCGCCUGCCAGCAGGCUACUAACGCGUGCGUACCUAUAAUAACAAUAAUAUCAUGACGAUGUGUGUAUUUGUAAGACUCGAAAACGAAUGUAAAAAAAUAUGUCAAAAAACGACGAUUUGGAAUACUGCCACGGGCAAAACAAAUAUUUGGCGGAAACUCACGAGUGCCAUCGGUCCCCACUACACACUCCGACCUGCUGAUCAAACAACCGCAGACUAGACACGUUAAUGUUCCUCUACCUCCACUCUCGUUUAAUCGAUCGUUUUUCGUAUCCGCUACAGAUACAAUUAUAUAAACAAUAAAUCGUUAUUACAUUUCACCGUAAAUCCACGAACGUAAAAAAAUCGAAAUGUGUAACAAUCAAUAGCGUGUUACCCGCGAAUUAUCUGAUCACUAAACGCCGUCAGAGUUUUGUUUGAUAUUGUCGUUCCUCGGUUAGACAACAGACACGAUGCAUUUCACCACUGCAGGUUUUCUAAAAACCGCAUGCAUGUGCAUUAUCGCUGCAUUGGGUCACGUCGAGUCCAAAGUGAUCAUGAGAGAUGUGAACGAAACGGAAAUGUUUUACUACGAAAUACGCCCGGAACUUUUUAACUGGACAAAUGGCGCAGAUAACAAGUUUGUAUUCACACCAUCCUUACAAAAUUAUCCAGACUUGCUACAUUGGAUACAUUACAAAUUCAACAGUAAAAAUAGACACGGGUACUUAUAUGGAACACCGCCUGCGAACUUGUUGGAACGACAAAUCUUAUUGGAUAUUAUUGGAUUAAACAAAAAAACUUAUCAGGUUGAGACACAAGUUAUCCAAUUAAACAUUUUUGAAAAAUCUGAAUAUGCAACAAAUGAGGUUAGAUUUAAAAUUAACAACUUGAAUGUGGAAGACAUGUUUAAUGAAGAACGCAUUCCAUACUUACUAGAUAUAUUUAGACAAUAUUUAUGGGUGGGUAGUAAACAGAAUUUGUAUGUUACAUUUCUAGCAUCCGCUAGUGAUUUAGGACAACGAUUACCAUUAGAUCCAAAUGAUACAGAGGGUGUUGUUGUCAAUUUAGGAAGCUCAUCAAAUUUUUCAACAAUAUUAUAUGAUCUAGAGAAAGAAAUAAGCCCAUUGCAAAAAAUGAAUAAAUGUCCAAAGGAUUUUAAAAGAACAAGUGUUGAACGAUAUUUCCGAGCGAAUGGCUUUAAUUUGGACUGGUGCAGUUUCAAACUUGUAGAGUUGACUAUUAUCUUUAAUCAGAAUCAAACAAUGAAUGUUCAAGACAAAAUAUCUAGUACAAAAUAUGCAGAAGAAAAUGUUUGGGAAUUAGUGGAAUCUCUACAAUACAGUCAGUCCAAGCACACGGAUACUACAAAGUUCAAAAUUACAUUAGUUGUUUUUAUAAUCUUUGUGAUUGGGUUAAUUUUAAGUAUUGGUAUAUUUGGAUGGUAUAAAAAAAAAGUUAUUUUUUUUAAAAAUAUAUAACACAAAAUAAAUAAAACAAAUUAUUUGAAUUGUUUUAUUUUUAAAUAUACAUCAACUCUUAAAUAUAUGUAACACAUUUGAUUGUUAUAAAUUUGACACUUUCUCAGUAUGUCAAUUGUAAAUAGAUUUUUUUAAACAUGGCCCAUUUUACAAAGACUAAUGUUUAUUAUUAGACUAAAUAAAACAUUACAAAGUUUAAAACUUAAAUUUUUGAUGUUUUUACAAAUUAAUUGAACUUAACCCACAUAAUAAUAAUGUAGUUUAAUAUUACUAGAUUAGGUAUUUUGCUAAGUUACCCUAAUAAGUCUUUACGAUAAAAAUAAACAAGUUGCUCUAAAUAUGUGAAUAUACUUAUGCAAGUUAAGAUCAAUAUAAUUUCAAAAACUAAUUAAUCAAACUAAAUAUUAAAUUUGAACAAUAGUGCUUAAAUUUUUCAAGGAAAG